AUGGCCGCCAAUCAAGAUGAUCAAGAGUACGAAAUAGAGCGCUUCAUCCGCCACCGAGUCAACAGAAAUAAAAAGACAUUUCAGUUUCUCGUCAAGUGGAAAGGCUACGACGAACCAACAUGGGAACCCGAGGCUCUCCUGCAAGAAACCGCCAGCGAAACAGUGUAUCGGUACUGGCGCCAAUACGGUGGCCGUGGUCAUGCUACGUAUCUACGACACUACCACGUUUUCAAGGUUCUUGCUAGAGUCUUGAAGAAGGGCAAAUGGUAUUACCACUGCCAGUGGGUGGGAUACUCGGACACGCGUCAGGAUACAACCUUGGAGCCUCCAAAAAAGGUAAUGAGGAUUGCCAAGGAUGUGCUUGCUGAGUUUGAGGCUAGUCGAGCAGCUGGUGAACAGAACAAUCCGGCGGCGAACCCUUAG